AUGGAGAUUCCUGCUGGAGCCCAGCAAGACUUCUCAAAGAGCCUCCUUCUCUCAGCCUCAGUCCUGGCCCUCUGGGUCCCCCCAGGCUCCUGGGCAGCCCUCCGCAUCCAGAAGAUUCCAGAACAGCCUCAAACGAACCAGGACCUUCUCCUGUCUGUCCAGGGCAUCCCAGACACCUUCCAGGACUUCAACUGGUACCUGGGGGAGGAGACCUAUGGUGGUACGAUGCUAUUCACCUACAUCCCAGGGCUACUGAAGCAGAGGGAUGGCAGUGCCAUGAAGCAGCGAGACAUCAUCGGCUUCCCCAACGGCUCCAUGCUGCUGUGUCAUGCCCAACCCACAGAUAGCGGCACCUACCAAGUAGCUGUCACCAUCAACCCUGCCUGGACUAUGCGGGCCAAGACUGAGGUCCAGGUGGCCGAAAAGCCUAAGGAGCUGCCCAUUACAAACCUGCCAGUGAGUGCUGGGAUCGUGGCCGCCAUCAUCAUUGGCUCUCUGGCCAUCGGGUCUCUCUGCGUUGGCAGCAUUGCCUAUCUCCUGGUGACAAGAGGCUGGAGAGCCCAGAGCCACAGGUACAGGAACCCCAGAGGCCAGGGGUCUUUGUCAGUUUUGUUCCCAGCUGUGUCCCUAAGGCCUUCAACAGUGCCCAGCCCAUGGAUGACGGCCACAGAGAAACCGGAAGUGGGUUCCAGUCAUCACGCUGGUGACAACAACAUCUAUGAAGCGAUGCCAACUCCAGUCCUCCUGGUGUCCCCUCUCAGUGACACGAGGCCCACAAAUGCCACCAUGCAAAAGAGACUGGAAGGAAACAGCACAACAUAA